AUGGCGGCCUCGCACGAAGAGAAGGACAACAUCCCUCCCCUGGCGGAGCGCUUCGAGUCCACCCGACCUCGUCUGCCAUCACAAUAUGUCGACUGGGUGUCGCUCGAAACAUGGCUCUCCGACGACAACGCCGCCCCCGUCCGCCGUGAGCCGUCGACACGGCGCAGACGGCGUGCUGAGAGCAGCAUGCGCCUGUCGCGCGCCCUCUCGCAGCGCAGCCGCCGCAGCGAGACGAACCGCAUGUCGUGGGUUGCGGCGUGGGAUGCCAUGCUGGGCUCGGUGCCGCCGUAUCCCGAAGAACCACAGCCCGACCCCGAGCCCAUUCCGCUGACGGACGAAGAGAACGAGCGUCUGCGGACGCAGAUCGAGACGCGCACCGUGUCCGUCGGCCUGUUCGCUCUCUACCGGUAUGCCACCCGCAACGACCGCAUCGUGCUGCUGCUCUCCGCCCUGGGUGCCGUGGCCGGCGGCGCCGUGAUGCCCCUGAUGCCCGUCAUCUUCGGCUCGCUCGCAGGCCAGUUCGCCGACCUGGAGCGCGGAACGAUGCCAGCCACGCAGUUCUCGAGCGCCCUGGGCCACCGGGCACUCUACUACGUGUAUCUGGCCGUCGGAGAGUUCGUCCUCGUCUACGGCUCGAUGACGGGCUUCCUGUACGCGGGCGACCGCAUCGCCUCGACGCUGCGCCGCAAGUAUCUGGCGGCCAUCCUACGCCAGAACAUUGGCUACUUCGACGACGUGGGCGUUGGCGAGGUCACGCAUCGCCUGUGCACCGACAUCGACCUCGUCCAGGAGGCCAUCGCCGAGAAGGUAGCCCUGACGCUCGGCGCGCUGGCCACGUUCCUGGCCGCAUUCGUCGUCGGCUUCGUCGAGUCGUGGCGCCUGACGCUCAUCUGCUCGUGCACCGUCGUCGCCAUGGUGCUUGUGACAACAAUAGCGACCUCGUUCACCGUGCGCUACAACCAGCAGGCGCUCGCAGCAUCCGCCGUCGGCAGCAGCCUGGCCGAAGAGAUUCUGGCCUCGAUCCGCGUCGUCUUCGCCUUCGGGGCCCAGGAGAAGCUGGCGCAGCGCUACGCAGAGCGCCUCGUCGACGCCGAGCGCUGGGGCGUGCGCCUGAAGUCCGCCUUCGCCGUGAUGAUCGGCUUCAUGCUGUGCUUCCUCUUCCUCAACUACGGGCUCGCCUUCUGGAUGGGCGCGCGCUUCCUCGUCGCCGGCGACAUCACGCUCUCCGAGAUCAUCACCAUCAUCCUCGCCAUCAUCAUGGGCGCCUUCGCCCUGGGCCAGGUCGGCCCCAACCUGCAGGCCAUGGCCACCGGUGUUGCUGCUGCCGCCAAAAUCUACAGCACCAUCGACCGCUUCUCGCCCAUCGACGCCGCGCGCUCCGACGAGACGGGCGCGCGCCUCGACGCCGUCGCCGGCACGAUCGAGCUGCGCGACAUCCGCUUCGCCUAUCCAUCACGUCCGGAGGUGCUCGUGCUGGACCGUUUCAGCCUCACCGUGCCGGCUGGCAGGACGAUUGCGCUGGUUGGCCUCUCGGGGUCUGGCAAGAGCACCAUCUGCGGCCUGAUCGAGCGCUUCUACGACCCUGUCGGCGGGCAGAUCCUGCUCGACGGGCACGACAUCCGCGACCUCAACCUGCGGUGGCUGCGGCAGCAGAUGGCCUUUGUGCAGCAGGACCCCGUGCUGUUCAACGACACCGUCUACAACAACAUCCGCGACGGGCUCAUCGGCUCGCCCUUCGACAACGACAAGGACCCCAUCCGCGAGCGCCAGCGCAUCGUCGCUGCUGCCAAGAAGGUCCACGCCCACGGCUUCAUCAUGGCGCUGCCGCACGGCUACGAGACCCGGGUUGGCGACCGCGGCGCCCUGCUGUCUGGCGGCCAGCGCCAGCGGAUUGCCCUAGCCCGCGCUGUCGUGCGCGAUCCCAAGAUCCUGCUCAUGGACGAGGCCACCUCGGCCCUCGACACCAAGUCCGAGACCCUGGUGCAGGACGCCCUGCAGGCCGCCCGGCGCGGCCGCACCACCAUCGUCAUUGCGCACCGCCUGUCGACCAUCCGGGACGCCGACGAGAUCGUCGUCAUGAAGACCGGCCGCAUCGUCGAGCGCGGCACCCACGACGAGCUGCUGCGGCGCGGCGGCGCCUAUGCGGACCUCGUCCGUGCCCAGCGGCUGGAGGAGCAGCGGAACUCCGAGCGGGAGAUGAACGAGCGGAAUUCCGCGCCGGAGACGUACGAGAUGAACAACGACAGCCUUGCCAGCUUCGACGGCCGCUUGACCUCCGACACGGAUGCCCUGUCAAUCUUCCCCAAGGGAACGGAUGUCCUGACCCUCCGUCCGGCGGAAGACGAGGAGGACGACAGCAAGAAGACUGGAUCCUACUCCCUCGGCACUCUCAUCCGCUUCAUCGCCUCGUUCAACCGCCCCGAAUGGCUGUCUAUCCUCGUCGGCCUGCUCUUCAACGUUGUCGCCGGCGGCGGCCAGCCCACCCAGGGCGUCUUCUUCUCCGAGACGGUCGUCGCGCUGUCGUCCAACCCGCUGCCGCAGUUCGCGGAUCGCCUCCGCGCGCAGGUCGACCGCUGGGCGCGCCUGUAUCUCAUGCUGGGCCUCGUCCAGCUGGCGGCCUGCGUCGUCCAGGGCGUCGCGCUCGCCCACUGCUCUGAGCGCCUGAUCCGCCGCGCGCGCGACAUGGCCUUCCGCGUCAUCCUCGCCCAGGACAUCGCCUACUUCGACGAGAGACCCCCCGGCGAGCUCACGACGCUGCUCGCCACCGAAGUGCCCCGGCUGGCCGGCAUCUCCGGGCUGACGCUGGGCACGCUGCUGUCGUGCGCGACCACGCUCGUCGCCGCCGUCGUCAUCGCCCUGGCCGUCGGCUGGAAGCUGGCGCUGGUGACCAGCAGCACGAUCCCCGUCAUCCUGGGCUGCGGAUUCUUUCGCUUCUGGGCGCUGAGCCGCAUCCAGGUGGACUCGCAGCGCGCGUAUCGCGAGUCGGCCAGCUAUGCGUCCGAGAACAUCAACGCCAUCCGCACCGUCGUCAGCCUGACCAAGGAGCGCCGCAUCCAGGACGAGUACGCAAAGCAGCUGGCGCGGCAGCAGCGCAAGUCCCUGCGCGCGCAUCUCCGGAACGCCGCCCUGUACGCUGCCUCGCAGUCGCUGCUCUUCCUCUGCAUCGCGCUGGGCUUCUGGUACGGUGGCCGGUUGCUGGCGGACCGCGAGUACAGCCUGCUGCAGUUCUACAUCUGCCUGUGCGAGAUCAUCUUCAGCGUGCAGUCCGCCGGCAUCGUGUUCAGCUACGCCGGCGACAUGGGCAAGGCGAAAUCUGCGGCCGCCGCGCUGAAGACGCUGUUCGACCGGCGGCCCGUCAUCGAGACAGCCCAGGGGCGAGAGCAGGGCCCUCCUGCUCCUCUUCCUCCAGCUCCUUAUUCUCCUCCCACUCCCUCCAUGCCGAUUCCCACGCUCGCCGGCGCCGUCGACUUCCGGAGCGUCUACUUCGCCUAUCCGCAGCGGCCGGACAUUCCCGUGCUGCGCGGCCUAACGCUGAGCAUCCGACCGGGCCAAUUCGCGGCGCUGGUGGGUGCGUCGGGGUCAGGCAAAUCGACCGUGAUCUCGCUGCUGGAGCGCUUCUACGAUCCGCAGGGAGGCGCCGUGUACGUCGACGGGCAGAACGUCGCCACCUUCAAUGUGAACCAGUACCGCUCGCACCUGGCGCUGGUGGCGCAGGAGCCGGCGCUGUAUCAGGGCACGAUCAAGGAGAACAUCCUGCUGGGCUGGGAUGGAGUUGGGGGGGAGACGGGGCAGGUGCAGGAUCGGGUGGUCGAGGCGUGCAAGGAGGCCAACAUAUACGAUUUCAUCAUGUCACUUCCGUAG